AUAAUGAUGUCAUGCUCAUAAGAAACUUGCGUGCUUCAUCAGUGUAAUGAUUCAUUACCAGACCUGUAAAGUUAGAUAAACUCUGGUGCAAAUUAAAUAUAAAAACUCCUACUUUAAAAAAAUGAGUGAUGAUAAUAUUACAUCUUUAUCGUCGUCUGAAAACGAAUCUGAGAUUCAGAAAGUUUACGUUACGAUACCCGCACAUGGAUCAUCUUCACUUCAGGCGGAUCAGAUAGAGCAAAAGAUUUGGAACAUUGUGCAGGGUGUGCCUGGGUUAAACGUAGGAUAUGGCAGCAUUCGACUCGUGGUUUAUAUUUCGAAGGGGAAUAAAGACGAGGCCUUGAAAUCUGUCCUUGGGGUUGCAAAGGGAAUCGUCCAAUCUGCAGCGAUUGUGGGGUCCGUGUUUAUUGCCCCUGUAAUCACACCUUUGGCAGCAGGGGCGUUGACAGGGAUAGUGACAGAGUCAAUUCAAGGCGCUGCCCACGUGGUCAUUUUCAUAAUAGAACAUUCAAGUGACCUGCGGAAAAAGUUACCAGAGUUGCAAGAAAAGGUAAUCUAUGAGGAGGUAAAAGAAAAUCCUGCAGUUAGUGCAGUUUACUCUGCAAUAAGGGCACCCGUUUAUGCAAUGAAGGGUGAUAUAAGCGAAGUACAAUCUAGUGGUCUUGGCACACUCUCAGGAUCAACAAUUACAGCAAUAAAUUAUGGUUUGAACGUUAUGCCAGGUCUGGAUGAAGAGGGAAAAUCCUUUAUACAAAAAAUAUCGCAGUCAAUUAUACAACUUUUAUCUCGCAAAAUAUUGGAAGACGUUUCUAAAAAACGAAUGAGUUUGGACGAUGGCAUCAACCUGAUUAAAAAAGUAGAGGAAAAGUGUGACACAUUGGAAAUUGUUACAUUACAGAAUGAAAAUACUAGCGACAAAGGUGACAACGUAGGAUUAGUGGCACAAGAAAGUUUAGAAAUCCUUACACGUCCAACUCUGGAUGAUAGUGUCAGCAAUACUUUGAACUCUACAAGUUCAGAAAAAAAAUUUAAAGUCAAAGCAACUCUGAAGCAAUUAUUAAAGAUUCUAAAAGGUGAAAUUAAAUGUACUUCCGGUGAAGCAUCAUCGUCUUCCAGUCAUAACACUAACCCUAAAGAAAAUCAAGUACAUCUCUACCAAACUGCAAGUGAAGAAAAAUUGCAUGAGCAACAUGCAGAUUAACUGCAGUACUAUAACUGAAAUUGAACUAAAUAUAUUGAAUAUUACUGUUUAUGAAUCCGUCAUCUACAUUAAAGUACUAAAAAAUUA